AUGCAAAUUUGGUCUGCCCACAGCCUCUUCCAGAAGAUCCGCAAGCAUGUGGAGCGACAACGCCAGAUCCAGGAAGCAUCCGAGGACGAGCGGGUCAAGAUGGAGCUAAUGGACAGAACCAGCUCGGCUCCUGAGAUGACCUUUUCCGGUUAUAAGGCUAUACAUGUGGUUGUGCGCCAUAAGAGCCGGGACUUCGAUCAAUAUGCAGCUAAUGACCCCAACGUUGAUAUUGAGAUCCAGAUAGGCAGCAUUAUCAUGCAUGCUUGGUCUGAUAUCGAGCAUGACAUCCUAUACAAGCCGUCAGCCACUGAGGAGACUUCACUUGAUGUGCUUCGUAUGCUAGAUCUCAUCAACGGGAUCGUCAUGACGGGCGAAGUAGCUCUGCAGCAACUCGCAUCAGUGGCUGCUGCCGAAGCCACGCGGCAGGCGGACGACCGCAGACAGAAGGCAGCCACCCACGACUUUCUGGGAUCAUGGUUCUACAAGUACUUCAAGGAACAGAAGAUGGCGCCGCCGCACAGCAUGGGAGCAUGGUCGAGAAGUAUGCCUUUUUUGUUCGAUGUCCUCAGGGCCAAGGAUCAACACACCUAUGGUAACAUCGAGAGGCUUCUGAAAGACAUGAAAGCAGAGCCGACGGCCGAAGAGCCCUUGCCAAUUAAGAUCAUGCAGCACCUGGGCAAGGAGACAUGGCCUUUGCAAGACCAGUAUUUUCCUCCAGCAAACUACACCACAGUCUGGAACGCGCGUUACUGGGCCACGCACCUCGUAAACGCACUCAAUCUGGCAUUGUACAUGGGGGUCCCGAUCCCCGACAUAUGGCGUCAAGCCGUCAAAGGGUCGGGGUUUCAAACCAAGCGCCCGAACUUGGCCGAAUUUCUUGGGCUUUUGCAUCCAACCAAGCCAUUACGCCUAAGCGGCCGCGAGGAUCUCAUGGUUGACUUUUGCAAGGUAAUUAUGCAGGCAAACUACGACCAUAUUCCCUCUUUCGUUGCUGCCUUGAGACUCGCUUCAGCUGGAUACGUGGCCUGCCCGCGACUCUCAGAAGACGACGAAAAGGCUUUAUUAGGUUCUGCUUCAGAGAGAAAACAGGCAGUUUUUAUACCCUCGCAAUUGAACUGGCUCGCUGACGGCGAUAAAUGGUGGUUCCGCGUGGCUCUGAGUAGCGUCGAGGAAGAGCUACGUGACGAAGACACCCUAUUCCUUGCCCCGCGCGAUGACAGUGGCAUUUGGAAACCUGUGAAACAUCAGGGACAAAAGUGGGACAUUGUUUACAGGCCAUUUGUCCACCACGAGUCUCUUGAAUUUCGCAACGAUAAGGCAGUCGAUUAUUACAAGGGUCCAUACGCAGCACUCGGCCUCGAAUACGAUCCCAAAGUAGCCCGUAGCAUACAAGAGCUAUGGACCAGUCUCGAGCUGUCUCCUCAAGAUCCUGCGGCGAGCUAUUUGGUCGUGCUCAAAGAUGUCGCAGGCUCCGACGCGCACAAGAUCAAACCUCUCGUCAAGCUGGCAAAAUCUCUCAACAUCACCACAGCUAAAGAGAUGCGCGAGGUAGCCGAGCUGACCCGCUAUAUGCAUACCACGGACGCCGACGAAAUAAAGGUAUAUCGCGAGCUGUGGCAUUCGCUGGGACCAAAGGACACAGACGAGCUGCGGGCUUUCAGACAGCUGUCCAAGGAUCACCAUACGACCCAUGCCACACAACUGAGAAACCUCCUUGAGUGGCACAGGGUCACUCAGGGAGUGCAAAACGUCGAAACCAAGGACGACCACCAGAAGCUCGUUGGCCACUGA